UUAUUAAUUAUACCUCAGGAAGAGUCCACACUCCACACACGCUGGUCGACUCCACCACGCAAGAGAUGGCCGCCGCCGCCGCCGCAGCAGCAGACCACGAUGCCGCGCCGCGCGCGCACGCGCUCAUCCUCCCGUACCCGGCGCAGGGCCAUGUCAUCCCGCUCAUGGAGCUCGCGUACUGCCUCAUCGACCGUGGCUUCGCCGUCACCUUCGUCAACACCGAGCACAACCACCGCCGCGUCGUGGCCGCCGCCGCUGGCGCAGGCGGCGUGCAAGCACCGGGGAGCCGGGCACGGCGCCUGCGGCUCGUGGCGGUGGCGGACGGGAUGGGCGACGGCGACGACCGGGACAACCUAGUCCGCCUCAACGCCGUCAUGGAGGAGGCCAUCCCGCCUCAGCUGGAGCCGAUUCUUGAUGGCGCCGGCGGCGAGGGGCAGCUGGGCAAGGUGACGUGCGUGGUGGUCGAUGUCGGCAUGUCGUGGGCGCUCGAUGCCGUGAAGCGGAGGGGCCUCCCGGGCGCCGCGCUCUGGGCAGCGUCGGCGGCGGUGCUCGCCGUGCUACUCGGAGCGCAGAAGCUGAUACGCGAUGGCGUCAUUGAUGACGACGGUGCACCACUCAAAUUAGAGAACAACUCAUUCCGUCUCUCCGAGUUCACGCCACCCAUGGACGCGACCUUCCUUGCAUGGAACUUCAUGGGCAACCGUGAUGCAGAACGUAUGGUGUUCCAUUACCUUACCUCCUCCGCACGGGCUGCUGCGGCCAAAGCAGACAUUCUCCUCUGCAACUCAUUCGUGGAGUUGGAGCCAGCCAUCUUUACUCUAAAAUCCCCAGCCACCAUCCUCCCUAUUGGACCACUUCGUACCGGGCAGCGUUUUGCUCAUCAGGUAGAAGUGGUUGGGCACUUUUGGCAAACCAAUGAUGACACAUGCCUCUCUUUCCUUGAUGAACAACCCUAUGGUUCUGUUGUAUAUGUGGCAUUUGGCAGUCUUACUAUCAUGAGCCCAGGACAACUAAAGGAACUUGCACUAGGGCUAGAGGCUUCUGGUCAUCCAUUUCUAUGGGUAGUUAGGCCUGGACUUGCUGGUAACCUCCCUACCUCAUUCUUGGACGCCACCAUGGGACAAGGAAAGGGUAUAGUGGUGGAGUGGGCUCCACAGGAACAGGUGCUAGCGCACCCUGCAGUUGGGUGCUUUGUAACGCAUUGCGGGUGGAACUCAACGGUAGAGAGCAUUCGUAAUGGAGUGCCCAUGCUAUGUUGGCCAUAUUUCACCGAUCAGUUCACAAAUCAAAUAUACAUUUGUGAUAUUUGGCGGAUUGGGCUAAAGAUGGUGCAAACCUGUGGUGAGGGGAUCGUGACCAAGGAGAUAAUGGUAGAGAGGUUGAAAGAGCUACUACUAGAUGAGGGUAUCAAGGAAAGGGUGCAAAGGUUGAAGGAGUUUGCAGAAACAAACAUGAGCGAAGAGGGUGAGUCCACCAGUAAUUUGAACGCAGUUGUCGAGCUUAUGACAAGGCCAAUGUCAUAGAAUAUGGUUUAACGCAGGUUUUACGUUACUAUUGAUCCAAUGAAUAAUGAUAUUUCAUACUUCAUUUUUAUGGACCUGAAGUUUGCUUUGCAACCUAUGAUUGUUAAAACCAUCUAAUGUACGUGCUAUAUGCUCUAAAAGUAAUAUGUGUAAAUGUGUAUGGUACAAAUGCAUAUAUACUCCCUUUUUUUAUGUAGUUACCAACGUCAUAUAUAUUAAAUUUUGGAAGUAGUAUUUAUUUCA